AUGUUCUAUAUCUGGUAUGCCGUCGGCGAUCUGGUAUUUGCCAAAGUGAUUGGCUAUCCUCCGUGGCCGGCACGGAUAGUGGCCGAACCGCCGCCCGGCUAUACAGUAGGACCCGGAAAAUAUCCGGUGUUUUUCUUCGCCACCUACGAGAGUGCUUUAGUGGCCGUUCAAUAUCUGUGGCCAUACCUGGAAACCAGACACAAGUUGGGUAUACGUCGACGAAAACGAGACAUGACUUACUUUAAUCAAAGAUUAGAUGAAAUUGAAAACAAUCCCAACUUAACUGUUGGCGCCGAUGGAACCGUUGUUGGCGACAGUAAUGACAACAGUCAGGAAAUCUAUGGUCAACGAGAAGGAGUGGACAAAGAAACUGAAGAAGAAGAUAGCGAUGAAUAG